AUGAAUACAUCUCCGAAGUUCGUUCUCUACCUGACAUGUUUCUUCUUGGGGAAAAUGGUUCAGAUGCAUCAAUUUAUCUUGUCUCAAGUCAGUGGAUUUAUAUCAGCUGAUGUUGGAGACAACUUGACUUUGCAAUGUUUCUAUGAGAGGGAUGAAAAGAAAAUGUAUUGGUACAAACAAACACCAGGACAAAAACCUCGAAUUAUCUCAGUGACGUACAAAUCCACUAAAAGUAGUCCGUUAUUGAAUGAAUUCAAGGACAAUCACCGCUUCACUAUGGAAAUUAUGGAUAAUGCGAGUCACCUAAAUAUCUCAGAUCUGCAGCUUUCCGACUCAGCUACUUACUACUGUAUAAAGAGUAAUUUCUACGUGUUUGAGUUUACGGAGGGCGUCACUGUCAGUGUGAAAGGUUCAGGGUCUAACAUCCAGGCUGUGGUGCAUCAGUCUGAGAGCAUCCAGCCAGGAGGCUCUGUGACUCUCAGCUGUACAGUUCACACUGGGACCUGUGAUGGAGAACACAGUGUUUACUGGGUCAAGAACUCUGAAGAACCUCAGCCUGGACUCAUUUACACCCAUGGAGACAGGAACCAUCAGUGCGAGAGGAAACCUGACACACAGACACACACCUGUGUCUACAACUUGUCAAUGGAGAGACUGAACCGUUCUCAUGCUGGGACCUACUACUGUGCUGUCGCUGCAUGUGGACACAUUGUGUUUGGAGACGGGACCAAAGUGGACUUUGAAGAGGUGGUGGACUAUCUUCCCUUGGUGUAUUUCCUGAGCGGAGCUUUGGCGUUCACCACAAUCCUGGUUGUUUCUCUGGCUUACACAGCACAAAGAGCGUUCAAGACAAACUGCUGCCAGGGCUCAGAUCCCCAUGCUGCAUCCUCCAAAAUUAAUGCAAAGGAUGAGCAGAAUGAAGAUGACCCCUGCUACAUUGCUCACAGGGAGAUACAGAUGAACAGAUCCAGAGGACAGAGGGAUGAUACCUGGAGUGAAUGUGUGUACUUGAGUGUGAGGCAGUAG